AUGGCGCGCGCGGCGGGGCCCGAGCGGCGGCUCCUGGCCAUCUACACCGGCGGCACCAUCGGCAUGCGGAGCGAGCGCGGCGUGCUCGUGCCUGGGAAGGGCCUGGCCGCCGUCCUGAGGACGCUGCCCAUGUUCCACGAUGAGGCGCACGCCCGGGCCUGUGGCCUCCCCGAGGACACCUUAGUGCUGCCCCCCGCCUGCCCUGACCAGAGGGUCAUGUACACGGUGCUGGAGUGCCAGCCUCUCUUUGACUCCAGUGACAUGACCAUCACCGAGUGGGUUCAGAUCGCCCAGACCAUCGAGAGACACUACGGGCAGUACCAUGGCUUUGUGGUCAUCCAUGGCACCGACACCAUGGCCUUCGCCGCCUCCGUGCUCUCCUUCGUGCUGGAAAACCUGCAGAAGACGGUCAUCCUCACUGGUGCCCAGGUGCCCAUCCACGCGCUGUGGAACGACGGCCGGGAGAACCUGCUGGGUGCCCUGCUGCUGGCUGGCCAGUACGUGAUCCCCGAGGUCUGCCUGUUCUUCCAGAACCAGCUUUUUCGGGGCAACCGAGUGACCAAGGUGGACACGCGCAGGUUUGCGGCUUUCUGCUCCCCCAACCUGCCCCCUCUGGCCACCGUGGGCGCUGACGUCACAAUCAACUGGGAGCUGGUGCGGAGGGCCCGUGGGCAGGGCCGGCUGGUGGUGAACAGCAGCAUGGAGCGCGACGUGGGCCUGCUGCGCCUCUACCCCGGGAUCCCUGCCACCCUGGUCCGGGUCUUCCUGCAGCCCCCCCUAAAGGGCGUGGUCAUGGAAACCUUCGGAUCAGGAAACGGGCCCACCAAGCCCGACCUGCUUCAGGAGCUGCGGGGGGCAGCCGAGCGAGGCCUAGUCAUCGUCAACUGUACCCACUGCCUUCAGGGCGCCGUCACCUCGGACUAUGGCGCUGGCACGGUGGGGCGGGGACACCGAGGCCUUGGGAGGGAGGGCGGGGGCAAGUCCCGCUGUGACCCCGCGCCCCAUCGUCCACCUGCGCCUCCGUUCCUGCAGGCCCUGGCGGGAGCCGGCACCAUCUCCGGCUCCGACAUGACAUCGGAGGCGGCCCUGGCCAAGCUGUCGUAUGUGCUUGGCUUGCCGGGGCUGAGCCUGGAUGACAGGAAGGAGCUGCUGGCCAGGGACCUGCGCGGGGAGAUGAUGCCGCCUGCCGCGGACGAGCUCCGGCCCUCUCUGCGGGGCAGCACGCUGGGCCGUGGGGUCGCCCAGCUCCUGAGUCUGAGCCAGGAGGCUGAUGAUGUGCGGGAUGCCCUGGCAUCCAGCCUGGCCUGUGCCGCGGCCCACGCCGGUGACCUGGAGGCCCUGCAGGCGCUCGCGGAGCUGGGCAGUGACCUGAGCCUGGAGGACUUUGGUGGUCAAACUCCGCUGCACUCGGCCGCCCGAGGGGGCCAGGCUGGGGUGGUCGCCAUGCUGCUGCAGAGAGGGCUGGACGUGAACGCACGGGACAAGGAUGGCCUCAGCCCGCUGCUGCUGGCCGUGAGGGGCAGGCAUCAGGGUGUCGUUGGGCUGCUGCGGGCAGCCGGGGCCUGCCUGUCCCCCCAGGAGCUGGAGGACUCGGGGACAGAGCUAUGCAGGCAGCGGCAGCUGGGAACCUGGAAGUGGUGGCCCUUCUGCAGAGCCUUCAGGGUGGGGCUGGUGGCCAGGCCGCGGGCCCGGAAGUGCUGCCUGGUGUCUAACCUGAAGCCGUCCCGCUGCAGCGUAAGCCAGUCCUUCCUGUUGAGACCUGCAGGAAGGCUGGUAGCAGACCCGCCCCUGCGGCUCUGACUGCGCUGUGCGCCCCCUUCCCCUGCCCCCCUCCUCGCCGCCGGAGCUGCUUCCCCUCCUGCUUCCAGAACACGGCCUAAAGGUCUUUGUUGGGUAGAGUGGUAAUAAAAUCUCUCUGAGGGCCAUUCCCUGCCUAGAUCCCCAAAGCCCGGCUCCGGUGGGUCCGUCUGGGUCCCAGGACCGUGGGUAUGUGUGUGGGGUGUCAGGCCCCAGGCUCUGGGUCAGAGGGCGGUGUCUUCAGCCCCCUGGGGAUGAGGGGCCCUCUGCCAAUCCUUCCCAAGGCACCAGGAGGGAGUGUGGGUGUGGGCCCCCUGGGCGGGGUGG